AUGACUCCUACGACCUACAACGUCGCCGUCAUCGGCUAUGGCAUGUCCGCUAAAGUCUUCCAUAUCCCCCUAAUCCAAGUCAUUCCAGAGUUGAAGCUCCACGCCAUCGUCCAACGUACCCCACAGUCCCACGAUGACGCCGCGAAAGACCACGCAGGCAUCAAGAGCUAUCGCUCAAGCGAAGAGAUGGUCCAAGACUCAGAUAUUGACGUCGUGGUAGUUACGACAGCCCCAACAAGUCACUUCGAACUCGCCAAAUUAGCUCUUGAGCAUGGCAAACAUGUCGUCGUUGAAAAACCUUUCACACCCUCCUCGAAAGAAGCAAGCGAGCUCAUUGCCAUUGCAAAGAAGCAUGAUCGGCUCCUCACCGUCUACCAGAACCGCCGAUGGGAUACCGAUUUCCUGACCCUCUCAAAGCUGCUGGAGCAAGGAACACUCGGCCGCGUGGUGGAAUUUGAGACACACUUCGACCGACACAGACCUGAGGCUCCAGAUCCUGCGAGUACCUGGAAGGCAAAGUUCGUACCUGGUGGAGGGGCGGUGUACGAUUUAGGGACACACUUGAUAGAUCAGGCAGUAGUGGCUUUUGGCCUACCGGACAAAAUCACUGGAUUUGUUGGGUCCCAGCGGGAGCACAAUCCUGGGAAAGUUGAGGACUCGUGUACUGUACUGCUUCACUAUAGUAACUCCGGUUUGCUGGCAACCGUGAAAGCUGCGGUGGUGAGUCCAGAGGUUAAUCAGCUACGGUACUGGGUGCGGGGGGACAAGGGAAGCUACAAGAAGUUCCACCUCGAUCCCCAAGAGGACCACCUCAAAGCAGGCAAGAAGCCUGGUGACUCCGGUUUCGGCGUCGAAUCGAAAGAACGCGCGGGCAACUUGACGACCGUACAAGGCGGUCAGCCUAAGACGCAGACGCAUGCCAAUAUCGAGCCCGUCACAUACAGCGCAUUCUACAGCAAAUUUGCCAAGGCAUUAGCUGGGCAAGGCGAGGUGCCAGUGAAGCCUGAGACUCCAAAGGAUGUCAUUCGCUUGAUCGAGCUGGCAAGGUUGAGCUCGAAGGAAGGAAGGACACUGGAUAUCAGAGAACAUUAUGCGGAGAUAGAUGGAUAG